AUGGAUAACACUGUCUAUUCGAGCUACCCGCCGCAAUUGGACCCCGCACAGGAGGCGUAUUUGGUGACGACGAUCAAGGACUGGGCGAUACAGAAUGGCCUGGCAGUUCGUCCUCACCCAAGUUUCGUGCCCAGGGAGACAGAUCCCAAGGGGGUCCUGGCAACAAAUGCUCCGGUGACGCUGUUUCCGAGCCCGUUUCCGAGAUCCUGCUUUGAGGAGGCCAGAGCAUUGCAGACUGUCUAUAACCGGCUCUAUGCGGCGAUAACGUGCGAUGAAGCAUGGCUGGGGAAGAUAAUGGAAGAUCUGAUUGACGUGGACGACUUCAUCUCGCACCUGUGGAAGGUCCAUCUUGCGGUCCAGAAAGAAGGAUAUUCCCAAACACUAUCUCUUGGGCUUUAUCGGUCUGAUUACAUGGCCAACGUUUCCUCCAACUCGAGUGCAUCGUUGAAGCAAGUGGAGUUUAACACCAUCUCGUCGUCCUUUGGUGGGCUGUCUUCUCGCGUGACGUCGCUACACACGGAGCUUCUGGGUACUCCGGGAUAUCCAUCUCAUCAUUUGCUCGAUUCGUCUGUACCCCCGGAAAACACAGCCGUCGAAACGCUAUCCGCAGGCCUAGCGGCAGCGCACAAGAGCUACGGACCGUCCAAAUCCGCACCAGCUCUUCCGAUGUGCAUUCUGUUCCUUGUCCAGGAGGAUGAACGGAACUUGUUUGACCAAUUGGCGCUGCUGCAACAGCUCACUAGGGUGCACAAGGUGCCUGUAUUCCGACUAAAGAGCACAGAAAUUCUGAAUCAGACGUCAAUUCCUAGUUCCAAUCCAGCUCGCCCCCUGGUCUACCACCCACCUCAAUUCCCCGGCGCACAAUAUGAGGUGACAACAGCGUACCUGCGUUGUUUCUACGCCCCGAGCGAAUAUAAAUCCGAGCAUGACUGGGAGGCCCGGACACACCUUGAGCGUUCAGCCGCAAUCAAGUGUCCCACAGUUCUCAACCAGCUGUGUGGAAGCAAAAUCGUACAGCAAGUUCUAGCCGAGACUACUGGCCCCGACCACCUUGCCAAAUUCCUGGCAGACACAGACCCAGUUAAAAUUUCGAGGCUUCGUGCAACAUUUGCCCCUCAGUACGACCUCUCUUCCAGCGGGCGGGGCCGAGAACUCGCUCUCAACCCCGAAACAGCCGCAAACCAUGUCCUGAAGCCGCAGCGCGAGGGCGGCGGUAACAACAUCUAUAAGUCCGAUAUCCCCGAUUUUCUGCGCUCGAUUCCUGAAUCGGACUGGAAACGGUGGAUCCUGAUGGAACUGAUCCAUCCCCCCGCCAGUGCUAAGAACAUUGCCUUACGGAGCGAUGGUGAGGUUCUUGGGGGCGAUGUUGUUAGCGAGCUGGGUAUCUAUGGGACUAUUCUAUGGGAUCAGAAGGGAGGAAAUGUCCUACAUAAUGAGCAAGGGGGGUAUUUACUGAGGACCAAGGCAAAGGAAGUUAAUGAGGGAGGAGUCGCGAGUGGAUUUUCUAGUUUAGACAGCAUUGUUUUGUUUUAG